ACUGCACUGAACAUCACUGGAAGUGAAGAAUACUUCAGAUAAGUGCUAUUACCUAGCAAAGUAACAGGAUGGAGAACAAACAGCAAAGCAACGGUGUGAUGAAAGAAAACAAGGAGGUGAAGAAAAAAGUGAAUUGGUCUGGGAGUCUCAUUUUAGCCUCUUUAACCGGUGCUUUUGGGUCAUCUUUUCUUUAUGGUUACAAUCUCUCGGUGGUGAAUGCUCCUGCAGUGUAUAUCAAGAAGUUUUACAAUGAAACUUGGCAGAGCAGAUACGGCUUCUCAGUGAAUGAAAGCACGCUGACGCUGCUCUGGUCUGUAACCGUUUCUAUUUUUGCCAUUGGUGGCCUUGUGGGUGCCAUUAUUGUUACCCCAAUUGUGAAGUUCUUCGGACGGAAAUGUACGUUGCUGCUCAAUAAUGUGUUUGCAGUGACAGCUGCGUUGUUGAUGUCCCUCUCCUUGCUGGCGGGGUCGUUUGAAAUGCUCAUACUGGGCCGCAUUAUCAUGGGUGUUGAUGCAGGAAUUUCCUUAAGUGCCCUUCCCAUGUAUUUGAAUGAAAUAUCUCCUAAGGAAAUCCGUGGUUCAUUGGGUCAGGUCACAGCAAUUUUCAUCUGCAUUGGCGUUUUCACUGGUCAAGUUUUGGGGCUGCCAGAAAUAUUUGGGCAAGAAUCUCGGUGGCCUUACUUAUUUGGAGCAAUCGCUUUUCCUUCAUUGAUACAAGUCGUGAUUCUGCCUUUUCUUCCUGAAAGUCCUCGUUACCUCCUACUUGAAAAGCAUAACACAAGUGAGGCAGAAAAAGCAUUUCAGAGAUUCCUUGGGAAAGAUGAUGUUUCUCAUGAAAUAGAAGAAGUUUUGGCAGAGUCUCGAGUCCAAAGAAACACCAAGUUAGUGUCGAUACUUCAGCUCCUGAGAACCCGUGCUGUGCGAUGGCAGGUGGUUACCGUGGUCGUCACCAUGGGCUGCUACCAGCUCUGUGGGCUAAAUGCUAUCUGGUACUACACAAACAACAUCUUCAGUGAAGCUGGGAUCAGUCAUGAAACAAUUCCCUAUGUUACGCUAAGUACUGGUGCUGUUGAGACUCUGGCUGCUGUUUUUUCUGGCUUGGUUAUUGAACGGCUUGGGCGCAGGCCUCUUCUUAUUGGAGGUUUUGGGUUGAUGGUUGUCUUCUUCUCUGUACUUACUGUCUCCCUGACUUUACAGAACACUGUGCAUUGGCUUCCUUACCUAAGUAUAUUUUGCAUCCUUGCAAUCAUUGCAUCAUUCUGCAUUGGACCAGGUGGCAUUCCAUUUGUCCUCACUGGAGAGUUUUUCCAGCAGUCCCAGAGGCCAGCUGCAUUCAUGAUAGCUGGAACAGUCAACUGGCUCUCCAACUUCGCAGUCGGACUGCUCUUCCCUUUCAUUCAGGCUGGUUUACAGACCUACUGCUUCCUAGUGUUUGCUGCCAUCUGCUUUGCGGGAGCGACCUACCUGUUUUUUGUCCUGCCUGAAACAAAAAAUAAGACAUUUCAUGAGAUCAGCCAGGCAUUUGCCAAAAGGAAUAAAGUAACUUUAGAAAUGCAAGAAAUGAACCACUACGCAGGGGAGAGGAAAUCGAGUGCAGAACAAGAAUCUGACUUCACGUCUUCAGUGGACAAUGGGGAAACCAAAAAAGAGAUUGUGUAAAAUCAGGAUACUCUCUCAGGGGAUGAGGGCAAACAUGCUCUUUUCAUUUAUAGCGGUGCACAACCUGUAUUUUUUAUGUGGCAUCAUGAACUGAUUCCCCCUUGAAUAUGGUUAAAGCGAAUAUGGGUAAAUUCAUUAGCAGCUGGGGUGAUGGUUGAGGCAAUGAGAGGCAGGAGUAUGGAAUCAACUGGCUUGGAAAAGAUCUCUGAGAUCAUCAAGUCCAACCCUUGAUCCAACUAGACCAUGGCACUAAGUGCAUGUAGUAGCAGCAACUGAUUAAAGAAAUAAGAGACAGGGUUUUCUUGGCACCUGUGAAAUUGGUGCUGUGGUGAGUGGGAUGGGGAAUAUGGACUUGUAGAAGUGAAGUGGCAGUGGGGAGCCAGGGUUGUGAGCAGCAGCUGGCUGAGCAUCCCCCUGUGCUCACAGGGAGGUGUGUGUGCUGUAGCCAGGAAGAGGAGGAGGUAGCAGGGAAAAGGGAAGAGAUCCCAGUGGGGGUCUGCUAAGGAUCAGUGCAAGCAAACCUAAAAUGUCACCAGCAUAUAUUUCUCCACAUUUCCCAAGAUAUCAUUCAGGUUGCACGUGAGAACUGAGGAACUGAAAGAAGACUCAUGACACUUCCCUGACCUCCCGUUCCUUUUCCAGCUAUUUUCACCUUCAGUUGUAUUUUCUGAACAUGUCCCACCUUACCACAAACAGGCAGCUGUGGGUCCAGAUGAGUUUCCUUGUCUCUCUUGCAAAUCCUGGUUGACUAGUAAUAGUAACAGUUUCUGGGUUUGUUGGCACUACAUUUCUCUGAAGAUAUAUACUUAAAUAAUUUUAUUUUUUAAGAAUAGACUCAGAAGCUUUACUAUGAAAAGAAAAAACUAAACCUCAUGAUGAAGUGAGAAAACUCUGGUGGUAUGCGUAGGGCAUAAUAUUAAAACAAAAAAUCAAACAUGCAGUGUUCCAAGG